UCAACCACCUCUCGGCUGUUCCGUUAACUUCAGAAGGCUGGCGGCCUGUAGAACUGUGGAAUACGGGAAGUGAAGUGUGGUGUUUAUUUAUUUUAUGUUUAACAGCUUUAGGCGAUUUACAGAAUUUGUUGACCUGUGUGCGUAACCUUGUAUUAUUGAAAAGCUACAGUCAAGUGUAAGUAAUCUGGAUUUUAGAUAGUCGUAGAGUUUAGACGUUCACCAAGUUAUUUUAUUCUUCAGAAAAGUGUAUUGCUUGUGUACACGAAGGGUUUGAUUCAUCAGCUACCAUGUGAACUACUGUGGCCCUGUCUCUAUUAUGUCAAAUCAGAAUUAUAAUAUUCAGCAUUUAUUCAUCACAAUGGAUGUGCUUCCACUUGAAGGCGAACAUAUUAGGAAUAAUAAUAAUCAGAACACUUUGUGGUACCUGCGAGACAGAUUAUUUCAUGUUCUUUUUGAAAGAGCAACAAUAGCAUAUGCUGCGACAUUUACUGAAAGUUUUCGAAAGUUUGUGGAAAUUGUGUUUUUAGUUUUUGCUGGGAUAUCUCUUUUUACUCUUGCUUAUAUACAUAUGACUUUUGUGCAAGUUCCAGUCAAUUGCCUGGGAAAGGAAACUGAAAAUUGGUCACGGGAAGGAAUUCUACGUGUAGAAAUAUCUCUUGAGGAACAAGUGAUAGAGCCUGUUGAUAUUUCUAAGUACUGUAAUAACAUGUCACCACCACCUGUGAAAAAUAUUCCAAAGUUUCCAAAGGAACAAAAACCUCCUAUGAAGUUAAUUGAAAAAAAUGAUCUUCAUAAACCUGAAGAUAAAGUUCCAGAAUUUGUUGUUGAAGAUGCAUUUCAAGAUCAUAUAUUAGAUGCCGAAAAAGCUCCAGAAUUUAUUAAUAGAACCUUGCAGUUUAAAGAUAGUGUUUCUGAUCCAGAUUGUUUGUCUCCAUUAAGGACCAUUCUGUCUGAUAUGGAAAUGUUUACAAAUGCAGUCUGGACUCAAGAAGAAUAUGUCAUUGAAUAUUCUUUAGAAUAUGGAUUUUUGAGGUUAUCACCAGCUGCACGGCAAAAUACCAGUGUUAAAAUACAUACUGUUACCCUUGAUCCUUUGAAAGAUCAGUGUUUUGGUAAUCAGUUUAGUCAGUUCUUAUUGAAAUAUGUUGUUGGGUAUGGUGAUGUCCUGAUGAGCAGUUUACGAUAUUUAGUUGAUAAAGAUGAUUGCAAAGGUUUUGUCAGGAAUGUUAUCACGGGGGAUCAGUAUCGUUUUGUGGAUAAGAGUACCACUUGGACAGCAUAUUUUUCAGCAGCUUUUAUAAUGAUGGUCUUCACUUUAUCCAUUUCAAUGUUGUUAAGGUACUCGCAUCACCAGAUUUUCAUGUUCAUAAUUGAACUGCUGCAUGUAUUUGAAUUUAAUACAAGUGUUAGUUUUCCAGCUGCUCCUUUGCUAACUGUUGUUUUAGCAUUAGUUGGAAUGGAAGCUAUAAUGUCCGAGUUCUUCAAUGAUUCAACAACUGCUUUUUAUAUAAUUCUCAUAGUAUGGAUUGCAGAUCAAUAUGAUACUAUAUGUUGUCAUACUCCUCUUACUAAAAGGCAUUGGCUCAGAUUCUUCUAUUUGUAUCAUUUUGCCUUUUAUGCCUACCACUAUCGUUUCAAUGGACAGUAUAGUAGUCUUGCACUUGCUACAUCUUGGCUUUUCAUACAACAUUCCAUGCUGUACUUCUUUCACCGAUAUGAACUGCCAGCAGUUCUUGAAGCUAAUGAGCCUUCAAUGCACCAUGGACCAGAAUCUUUUCCUGAUGUUGAAAAUAAUCCAACAAUAUCAGAAGCUGUCGUGCCACAAGGAGAUGGAAUAUCCAAUGCUCCAAAUCAAGGAAGGGGUAGUCCCACAUCCCAAAAUAAUCAGGAUAGUCCUGAUUCAUCUGAAGCAGCACUAAAUGGAAAUACUCAUGAUGAAAACUCUCCUUCUUUGUCACCCGUUUCAGCUGUAACAACAGAAAAAGUGACUUCUAAGCAAACUAAAAAUAGUUUGCAGAGCACUGAGUGCAACAUUGUUUCCUAAAAUAUCAGUGUGGGAAUCUCUUGUUGUGCUGAAUUAAUUUAUUUCGAAAUCUCUGUUGAAGUAAAUACAUUAAGCAUUGUAAUCUCUGGCAGAGGAUUUUUCAUUUAAAUGCUUUUAUGUCUCAUGCUCAAGGUUUAUGAGAUUUUUGUGCAAUACUCUUUUUGCAUGUAGCAAAAGUGUUUACUUUUCUUGUCUAGAGAAAUAUCACCAAUUUAUAACUAUUAUUAAUGAAAUGCAAGUUGGAAUCUGCUAGAAAAAAUUGCUGUUUUAGGCACAUUAAAGGAUAAACAAUUUUUAAUUAAAAAAAAAAGAAACAUUGAUUAAUUUAUUGAUUAUUAUUAUUUUAUUUAUGGUUUUCUGAAAUGCUUUUGCUAUAUUAUAUAGUAAGUAAUGUAAUAUAAUCCAUAGUAUAAUUAAUAAAUUCAAAAAUAUGUUGUACAAAGUACUGGAAACACUAUGUAUAAAAGAAUCAGUUUUGUUUCUGAUGAUUUUAAAGUAAAAUGUAAAAAAUGUGUGUUAAAUGCUAUACAUUAUCAUUUUUUAAAAAUUUUUAUCAUUCUUCUACAAUGUACUUCAAAACCUUAUUAAUUCUUUGAGCCUCUUUGUACUUAGAAAAACAGUUUUCAUUCUUCAGCAUCUCUCAAGGAAUUAGAGCAGUUUUUCUAUGAGGAGUGGUUAAGACAACACUGAUUACACCAUACAAGUUUAUUCGUAUUUAUACGUACUCUGCAAAAUAGGGGGGUUGGGACAGUUCUAUAUCUCCCGUUCUGCUGGGCUAAUUGACGAAAUUCAAAUUGCGUUUGUCAUGUCUCAAAAGCGCGACUUAGGAUAUGUAUUAGAUUUAUAUAUAGCAUCAUUCUAGCAUAGGUA